GUGUUAACCCCGCAAGAGCAAGAAGUGGCGCAGCGAGGAGGAGACGCGCUUUGGCACUGGCGCAGCCCCGUGCACACUCAGUCCCGCAUCGGACACUGCGGCCCAGCUGGGGCUAGGGAGGGAGGCGUUGGCAGGACACAGAGCAAGCAGCGCUCUUAAUAAAAGCCUCCUCUCCAAGGGGUGUCUAGAUUGCAGCGCAUUGCCGUGAGCUAGUGACCAGACAGCAAGAGUGAAAAAUCGGGACAGGUGGAGGAUGGGUUAUAGGGUCUCAUAUAAGACAGACCUGCUAAUAUCAGGACGUCUGGCCACCUUAGCUGAAUACAGCCUGAUCUCUGCAGCACUGAAAGAAGGCCGAGUGACUCCAACAGAGCUUUGUCAAAGAUGUCUCUCCUUUAUCAAAGCCACAAAAUUUCUUAAUGCUUACAUUACUAUAGCAGAAGAGACAGCAUUAAAACAGGCUGAAGAAUCAGAGGAGCGAUAUAGGAAAGGUCAGAUACUGGGGGAUUUAGAUGGAAUUCCUGUUGCAGUAAAAGACAACUUCAACACGGCUGGUAUUGAAACAACAUGUGCAUCAAACAUGCUGAAAGGUUAUAUUCCACCUUACAAUGCUACGGUAGUUCAGAAGUUAUUGGAUCAGGGGGCUGUGCUUCUAGGAAAAACAAACCUAGAUGAAUUUGCAAUGGGAUCUGGAAGCACAGAUGGAAUAUUUGGACCAGUUAGAAACCCCUGGAGUUAUUCAAGGCCGUACAGAGACAAAUGUGUGCAGAACUCCUAUACUGAGAAUGAAGACUCCAAUUGGUUGAUAACAGGAGGAAGCUCAGGAGGUAGCGCUGCUGCAGUGUCUUCUUUCACAUGCUUUGCGGCUUUAGGAUCAGAUACAGGAGGGUCCACCAGAAACCCAGCUGCUCACUGUGGAGUAGUAGGUUUAAAGCCAACCUAUGGACUGAUUUCUCGUCAUGGUCUCAUUCCACUAGUGAACUCCAUGGAUGUACCAGGAAUUUUAACCAGAUGUGUGGAUGAUGCAGCAAUUGUAUUGGGUGUGCUUGCAGGACAUGAUCCUAAAGACUCUACUACUGUGCAGGACCCCUUUAAGUCGUUUGAACUAACCAGUUUUACAGAUGCCAGCAAGCUCUGUAUAGGAAUACCAAAGGAAUAUCAUGCACCAGGAUUAUCUAGUGAAACUCUGGCACUUUGGUCUAAAGCUGCUGACCUCUUUGAGAAUGCAGGUGCCAAGGUGAUUGAAGUGAGUCUACCCCACACACGUUAUUCAAUUGUAUGCUAUCAUGUGCUGUGCACAGCAGAAGUAGCAUCAAAUAUGGCCAGGUUUGAUGGACUAGAAUAUGGACACCGUUCCAGUAUGGACAAGUCCACAGAAGUCAUGUACGCUGCAACUCGACGGGAAGGGUUUAAUGAAGUUGUAAGAGGAAGAAUUCUGUCUGGAAACUACUUUUUGUUAAAACAGAAUUAUGAGAAUUAUUUUAUCAAGGCCCAAAAAGUGCGACGACUCAUUGCCAAAGACUUUGCGAAUGUUUUCCAUAGUGGUAUUGAUGUUUUGCUCACUCCCACCACUCUAAGUGAUACAAUACCAUACGUGGAGUUUAUCAAAGAAGACAACAGAACCCGGAGUGCACAGGAUGAUAUUUUUACACAGGCCGCAAACAUGGCAGGGCUGCCAGCCAUAACUGUUCCUACAGCACUUUCAGAGAGAGGUUUGCCAAUUGGGCUUCAGUUUAUUGGACGUGCAUUCCAGGAGCAGCAGCUUCUUACUGUAGCCAAAUGGUUUGAAAAACAAGUAAAAUUCCCCUUGAUACAAUUACAGGGAAUGAUGGAUCAUGGUCACACUGUCUGUCACCAUCAGAUAUCAGCCUUUUUUUCAUAACGGAGGACUUGGUGGUUUUAGUAGCAGAAGUAAGGAGGAUUUUAGAAUAUUUCUCAAUCACUUUGUACUGUUUCAAAUUGAAAAGAAAUGUAAUUCUUCCACUUAUUUGUACAAAUGACAGGCUGUAGAGUCUAAAAACAUCUGUAUUAAAGGAGAAUGCAAGAGCAAAGCAGGGAAGCUUUGUUACUGUGUGUAAUUAAACUGAAGUGAGCCUAUGGUAUGUUUGAAUUUUUUUUUCAUGUUAGGUAUAAAGUGUAUGUCUUGUAAUUAUAGAGCUGCUUUCCCCACCCUUCAUACAAAGAAACCUGUGGGAAUUCAUUCCCUGGUGGAACAAACAUGGGCUUCUUCCUUAAGCAUGUACAGUUUCCAGGAGCUCUGGUCUCCUGCUGCCUCCCAGGUUACAUGGCUCCAAUGAAAUCAAGCCAUGAAGGAGUCGUCAACCACAGGAGGCCUUAGUGAAGCUCUGCACUCAACUAGAGGGGAAAGAGAGGGAAAGAUGAGAGUGUAGGAAUGUGUGAAUGGAAAUGCACAAGAGCAACCUAUUCAAGAGCAGUAAGGUAGCUAAACCAUGUACAGUGCAGAAGAGCCAUCUUUGUAUGGAUCCUGGAGGCUGCUGUGGUACUUAGAAAGCCUUUUCACAAUAAGGGCUAUUUGCAGAUGUUUCCUUUGAGAAACAACCCUCUAAUUUUCAGAAAUUGCUCUUCCUGCUGCCCCCUCUAUUUUGCUAUAAUCACAGCUCAGGAACCAAAAUCAGAGGCAGUUUCAUAAAUUAGUACAUUCUUUUCUCCAGUGCCUACAAUGAGGAAAUGUAUCAUCUGACUAUUGAACAUUUCCAACCCAGAUGUUAGAAUGGAAGAUUUAACAAACAGUCACUAACAUCUGCAAAAUUUACCCUCAGGAAUAUUGUUUUCCACUUUACCACCAUGAGUGCUUAUUUCUUUGUAACUGUUGCUCAUUUUUAGAUGCUCCAUUUUUCUUCUCACAAGCGAAGAUGGUGAAAAGAAAUGAGAUAAUUAUGGUGAGGGACUAGAGGAUUGGAGUUUUUUUAAGAACAGGUUUGACAAACACCUGUCAAGGAUGGUUUAGAGUUACUUGGUUCUGCCUCAGGAGUUGGGGGGCUGGACUGGAUGACUUCAAGGUCCCUUCGAGCCCUACAUUUCUGAUUGUAUGAGACCUCUCUUGUUUAGGAUCCAGUUUGUAAGUUUAGACCAAGUGUUGAUUGAUAUGGACACCUACAUUAGAAGUAUUUCACCUUUCAGCUACAUUUUAUUAUAUACGUUCUAUUUAAA